AUGCAACCAUCCCAAGCUAGUUUGGGCACAUCAGUUAGUUACACUGGCAUUUCUGCUGAAACUCCUCUUAUAGUUGCCACACUGCCUGAAUCAUGGAAAUUAUCAGUGACAUUAAACUUUAGUAGUCAUUUAGCAUCUAUAAGUUUAAUAUUUAUUAUUAUUAUUCGGUAUUUUUCAAAACAAUCUAUACACUAUGAAAUACCAAUUAAUGUUUUUAUUCUCAUAACUGCUUUUCUUGCUAGUACGGGUCUUGCGUUAUGUUGGUCUAAGACAAUAAUGAUCGAUGCGUUUGUUAAUUCAUUAUCAAAAGUAACAUUUAUGCCAUUUUUCUAUCGAUAUCAGUCAUUUUAUUUAAUUGCUCAUUUUGUUGGUGAUGCACUAAGUUCAUUAUUGCCUGGAUUAUUGGCACUUUUCCAAGGUGUUGGAUAUGAUAAAUGUAUAAUAAAUUCUACGACAAAUUCAACCACCAUAGUAUAUUUUUCAUCAGUUCGUUUUACUGUUAGCACUUAUAUAGCCGUUUUAUCAUCAUUUACGGUUUUAUCAUUAUCAGCCUUUUCUCUACUAUGUCUAACAAAUAUUGGAAAACUGACUUAUUUGAAUAAAAGUGAAUUAAGUCCACUUGUCAAUACAAAGAACUCGGAAACCAGUCAACAAGUGCAACAUCAACAAUUUUGGUUAUCCACUAAUGGAUUAUACUUAAUAAUUAUUUUUUUUACAAAUAUUUUUCAUGCAGGUCUAUAUAUUCGGCAAAAUUCGGGACAUCAUGGUCUAUUUUGGUAUGGAGUGCUGAGUCAACUCGGUUCAUUUUUCGGUUCAUUGAUUAUUUACUUCCUCGUGUCGGUAUUGAACAUAUUUCAAGAAGGAAAUGCAUGUAAACAAUAUUCAUGUUAG